UUCGUUUCGGGGCAUAACGUGUCGCCCCUACAGGCGGUCGGUUGGGAGGGACUGUUUGGCGCCUGUAUUUUGUCGACUCUAUUGAUUCCCAUGUAUUUCAUACCGACCGGUAAUUUCGUGUUUAAAAACCCGAACGGACAGAUGGAGGACGCCAUCGACGGCGUCUACCAAAUAGCCCACUCAUGGCAGGUGUCCUUCGCACUCAUCGGCACAAUUAUCAGUAUAUCGUUCUUCAACUUCGCGGGCAUUAGUGUAACCAAACAAAUCUCUGCCACCACUCGGACGGUGUUGGACUCGAUCCGCACUUUUGUUAUUUGGAUAUUCAGUCUAUCGAUCGGUUGGGAGACGUUCUCUCAAAGGACUCUCAUUCAAGUGACCGGAUUCACGGUCUUAAUGAUCGGAAUGUUUUUAUACAACAAUGUCUUCAUUCGCCCCUUCCUUAUAAGACGCGGUCUCAUCAGAUCCGAUGAUUCCGAUGAAAGUGAUAUCAGUCCUAUCCUUAGAGGUGAUGACACGCCAGUCAUUCCCACUAUGAAUAACCCAUCGCUGCAAAGGAAUGACUCUUCAAUUUACAGUUAAUCUCUUUACCAGUUCUGUAUAUUAAGUUAUAUUUUAUUGUCAUAAUCGACACAUACGAAUGUAAACGAG